ACAAUGUAAUCACUGAACAGUCACAUUUGAUCAGUAGUUUGAUUCAGUUAUUUCCCCUAACAAUAUUGAUAUUACAGAGAGCAGGAUUUAAAAGUGUUUGUGAGCACUGGGACUUUCAAACCCGGGGAGACACAAUCCCCCUUCAUAAAAAAAUAGAUUUAUCACGAUAAAGAGUAGCCAAGGGUAUAUUUUCAUUGACUAGGGCCUCCUGUACAUUGGCAGCCCUCCAAUCACACCAAUAUCCUCAACCCAUCGUCAACGCCAUGAGUAAACAGCCAUGCACUCGAAGAGUGGUCGUGUGUUAACUAGUCUCGGCCCAUGCACAGUGCAAGCUCAGCGUCGCCCCAGCCAUCGCGAGCCCAACGGUCUGCCCUUGAAACUCUUUAUCUCAAGCCCACAUACAGCAGUGGGCCAUAAAUCUAGCCCAUCUGAUAAGUAGUCCUACUGGCAUGUUGUGUGGCGUGCAUGGCCCACAGCGCAAACAGCAGCAGCAGCAGCCUGAAAUGCUGUUGCAAACCACCUGUACAGCACUCUAGGCAGUGCAUGUGAAGAAGUAGGCCUAUAGUCUCUUACUGUACAAGGACAUUUCAAAGGAAACAAGCACAAAGCCUAGCAUAUAUAAUAUACUUACUGGCUAUAUUGUUAUUUAUUUUUAAAUUAAAUUAAGCUACUUAAAUAUCUCCUCUGCUUAUAUAGACUAUACUUAUAGUCUAGAUAUAAGCUUCUUAGAUAUCCUCCAUGCAACGACGAUUCCUAAAUUCAAAGUAAUGUUUAGCCUACACAAAAUACGACCACAGACGAUCGCAGACGGUUUGAUUAAACGAAAUGAAUGAACAACAGACUGGACAGGCUAAACUGAACGGAGCGCUUUAAUCUCUGAUGAGGCGCUGUGAAGCGCACUGAGCCCGCAGCCCGCGGGCAGCAAAGUGCGCCUGUGCUGCAGGCGGAGGGGCGGCUGUGCUGCGGGCGCUGGGGGCGGCUGAAGACACAACUUGCGCGUUUCCUACAAAAACGUGUCGUCAUGCUUGUUUGGAUACAGACGAAGAAGCAGCAGACUUCUCCAGUGCCUGGAAUUUUUGUGAACAUAAUUUCUUGGCAGAUGACGUCUAUAGCUUUUAGAAUCCUGUUGCUGUUCUUUGCUUUAUAAGUCGAAUUAAAAAAACAUAUAUGGACUCCUGAAUGGAUCUGACAACUAACUGUUGCGCCUACUACUGCUACUACUGCUACUACCACCACUUGUACGCCGUUAAUGCACCGGUGUGAUAUCUAGCAUACCUCAAAGUAUGUCUCGAGUGGAUCGACCGUUCUGCGGAGUCGCUGUCUGUCGCUGUGGUUGGUUUUCUUAUUAAGAGAAGACCAUGCAUCUCUUCCGGAGUUACAACUAUCAAGUGUUCCCGGACCGAGGCGCCCUGAAGCAGCGGGCGACCAUACGAGGCAUCAGCUGGACCCCACUACCAGAAAGUCUGGAUUCCAAGGACCCAAUGAAACAGUUUGUAUCAGAUCGCAUCCUGAAGGCGGCGAGGGUGGUGUACAACAGCUUGAUAGAACGCAACCCCGCCCUGAUCCGCGACAGAAAGCACCACCUAAAGACGUACAGACAGUGCUGCUCAGGUAAGGAGCUCGUCGAUUGGCUGUUGAAGCUCAACGAGGGCGGCCAAUCCAGGAGCCAGGCGGUCGGCAUGUGGCAGGUGUUGGUGGACGAAGGCAUUCUUGUUCAUGUGAAACAAGAGCUGAACUACCACGACAAGGACACCCAGUUCUACCGCUUCCUGGAGUCAGAGUUCAGCCAGGACCCCUUGAGGUCCACGGAGAAGGACCUGGAGAAAGACUCGGAGGGGGACUUGGAGAGGGACUCCGAGAGGGACUCUGGGAGGGACUCAGAGGACGAGCUCCAGGAGGGCCUCUCGCUGCUGUCCCAGAUGGGCCCUGAUGCUCUUCUCACCAUGAUCUUACGCAAACACCCCAGCCAGAGGAGUGCGGAGGACCUUGAGGUUAUCUAUGAGGAGCUGCUGCACGUCAAGGCUGUAGCCCACCUCUCCACCUCAGUGCGCAAGGAGCUAGCGGCCGUGUUGGUGUUCGAGACGCACGGCAAGGCUGGAACAGUGUUGUUUAGCCAGGGGGACAAAGGCACAUCCUGGUACAUCAUCUGGAAGGGCUCCGUGAACGUGAUCACACACGGGAAGGGUCUGGUGGCGAAGCUGCGCGAGGGGGAGGACUUCGGCCAGCUGGCGCUGCUGAACGACGCGCCGCGGGCCGCCACCAUCAUCCUGAGGGAGGACAACUGCCACUUCCUGAGGGUCGACAAGCAGGACUACAUCAGGAUCCUCAAGGACGUGGAGGCGAACACGGUGCGCUUGGAGGAGCACGGCCACACCGUGCUGGUCCUGGAGAAGAGCACCACGGACUCCACUGAACAGGGCGGGGCAGGAAGCAGCAGCAAGUACACCGUUAUGUCGGGAACGCCAGAGAAGAUUCUGGAACACCUGCUGGAGAAGGUGAAGCUGGACACUAACGGAAAUGACACCAUAGAUUCCUGCGUGGGGGACUUCUUACUCACCCACAAAAUCUUCAUGGCCUCCAGCCAGCUGUGUCCAGCUCUGCAGCACCAAUAUCCCGCCCAACCGCCCAAGGGCUCGGAGCUGGAGAAGGCAGACUACUCGCUCGCCGCCAGGCAGAAGGUGGUGAAGCUGCUGGGCCAGUGGGUGCUGCUCUACGGCCCGCUGCUCAAGGAGGACCCCGUCGCCCUGGACUUCCUGGAGAGGCUGAAGAAGGAGGUGGCAGCGGAUAGCCGGCUGUCCACCAUGCCGAAGGAUCAGCUAAGAGAAAGGAGGAGGACUCGACUAUCCGAGAAUGGAAAUCAUUCCCUUAGCAGGCAGCACAGCCAGCAAUUUGAUUGGUUCUGCAACUGCGAGGAACCAGUGGGGAGGUUACAGCCAAUCAGAGGCCAGGAUAAAGUGUUGUAUGAGAUUUCUAGGCCAGACAACAUCCCCAUCACUCUGAUGCUCCCAGUGAACACAUCCGUACAGGAGGUGCUGUCGGCAGUGGUGAAGCCCGGGGCGGACUACGUCCUGGUCAAAAUGAACUCCAUGGGAGACAGGGCCCAGCUGAAGCUGGACUCCAGCGCUGUGUCCACCGGCCUGGGGCUCAACGAGAGGCUCUUCAUGUGCACCUCCAGCCAGGUGGAACGGCUGAGGCCCUUGAAGGAGCAGCAGGGGCCCGAGCAGGGGACGGCAGACGCACUGGAGCAGAUGUGCUCCAAAGACGUGGCCAGCCAGCUGACCCACUACGACUGGGAGCUCUUCACUGCCAUGCAUGAGGUGGAGCUCAUCUACUACGUCUUCGGCCGCAGCAAGUUCCCCGGCGCCACGACAGCCAACCUGCAGCGCUUCGUGCGGCGCUUCAACGAGGUGCAGUACUGGGUGGUGACCGAGGUGUGCCUCUGCCAGGACCUGAUGAAGAGAGCCGCGCUGCUCAAGAAGUUUGUCAAGAUCGCCUCUGUGCUGAAGGAGCAGAGGAAUCUCAACUCCUUCUUCGCCGUGAUGUUUGGACUGAGCAACAGCGCAGUGCAGCGACUGUACAAGGCCUGGGAGAGAAUACCAAGCAAAACCAAAAGGAUCUACUGUGCUUAUGAAAGGUUGAUGGAUCCUUCGCGGAACCACAGAGCCUACAGACUAGCGGUGGCUAAACUCAGCCCUCCUUACAUCCCCUUCAUGCCCCUGCUGCUCAAAGACAUGACAUUCAUCCACGAGGGAAACAAGAGCUACAAGGACAAAUUAGUCAACUUUGAGAAGAUGCGGUUGAUCGCGAAGACACUGAAGAUAGUGCAGGGAUGCAGGAGUCAGCCGUACGUGCAUUCAUCCCCAACCAGGGGGCUGGCCGACCGCAUGCUGCUGGAGGCCCCUUCCGUCCGCAUCUCGACGUAUUCUGACUCUCUGCCUUGCCGGAGUCCCAGCAACAUCCGGCUGUACGUCCAGAAUCUGAGCGUGAUCGACAACCAGUGCAGGCUCACAGAGCUCUCCAGGACUUUGGAGUGCUAGGGCCCGGACCAACGCAGGCUCACAGAGCUCUCCAGGACUUUGGAGUGCUAGGGCCCGGACCAACGCAGGCUCACAGAGCUCUCCAGGACUUUGGAGUGCUAGGGCCCGGACCAACGCAGACUCACAGAGCUCUCCAGGACUUUGGAGCGCUAGGGCCCAGACAAGCGCACAAAGAACUUAUAAAUGCACACAGAGCACCUAACGCCACGCACCGCAUCUCAGACUGAAGGCCGUCCCCCGAUGAACUGAUGCUUUUCAUUCUGGAUUACACUUAUGCAAGUGAGGGAAACCGAACGUUGGUUUUCCUCAGAGAAUGAAGAGCACUACUUGUGUCACACCAGUGACCUCUAGUGCCUUGCCAGUGAACUACAGAUACAUGUGUGCGCUGCCUAUAGAACAUCUGGUGCCUACAAGGACAUUUGUGUAGCACUCACUGAAUACCUGCUUUUGGAUAAGGUUACAAUGUUGAUUUUAGAGCCAAUGUAUAUAUGGGUCAGAGGUGAUUGGCUGAUGAAGUAUAUUUUCACAUGAAGGAGAAAAAGCACUGAAUCAGCACAGAAUCAUGUCAUGUAACACUUGUUUUAUGUACAGUUUUUGUAUUUCAUAAAUUAUUUUUGGAGUUUAAUGAACACAAAUCGCAGUGUGUAAAAAGGGAAAUACUUUAUUUAAAAUACAAACUUUGAACAAAAACAAAAUCCCUAAAAACAAAAAUUCUCCCCAAUAUGGGGUGAGAAGAAUUCACAACAAACAAUUUAUCAUUUGAAUUUAAAAAUAAUCUUCUUGUCAGAAAUAUAUACAACUUAUUUUAGAGUCCAAGAAAUGGGGUUGUUUAGAAAAGUCCUGACCCUCCUCCGACUAGAACCGUGGAUGAAAGAUCGCAUCAUCAUAAAUAACAGGUCGGAAAAUUAUGUUACAGAUUGAAUCAAUUACCAAAUUAAUCUAAAAGACAGUCUUCUGAAACUGUGAAACACAUGUGUUGUUUUUUACUUGACAUAAGGCUGCGCUAAAGACAGAACAGCUAUGUGACACAUAUGGUUAGUAAAAGGUGGUGUUUAAACAGGUGAUACAACUGCAUGCCACAUUCAAAUGUGACACCACAAAAUUAUCUUGAGCAGCGAACGCGGCGUGUUUCUGGGGAGGGGCUCAAGAGAAUGUGCUUCACACACACGGCAGGUUUGUGGUACAAAAAUCUGAUAGCAAAAGUGGUCCAAGAUGUAUGCACUGAGGAAAAAAAAAAACCACAGUAGAAAACCAUGGAAAAACUACCUCUUCACUGCUGCCAUUAGUGAGAAUAUGAUGGCCUGUGAGGGAAACAAAGCUUCAAGGACUCUUAGAUCAGAUAGCGAAGCAAACACAGAAAUACGCUGAAAACAAUAAGAACGCAUGAAACCGAUCAUAAUAGUAGAUUACAAAUAUUGCACUUCCAAACAACAUGUUGUUUUCCCAGUGCCCUUUUUCCGAUGUCAUUGGGUGUCAACAGAAUACGCCCCUCAUUUUGAUGGCAGCCAUCGAUUGUGAUGGGAUUAAAUCCCCAUGAAGAUGGAAAGUCUUUGCAGUUCCAUAUUGUAUUCCAACGAUUACACCAUGGUCAGAAAAAAAUAACGACAUAAUUACGACAUCAGAGCAAAGGGAAAACAGUUUUUAACCGAUUCAUACAGAAAACAGACAUUCAUAAAUACACCACUCACACACCAUACUUAUGUGCCCGCAUACAUUACGCAUUUCGUACGAGCACACAUCCUCACAAAGGUCAUUAACUAUCUACAUUUAAGGCACCUGUGAAACCCUAUGCAAAUACUCCACACACAACCUGUUCAAUGUUCGUUCCCUGGGUGGAAGCGCAGCCCUCUGUGGCAGUGCGGUGUGACCUCACUACCCUCUUUGCUAGCACACAUCCUCAUACACACGCAAGCCCUUUAAUUAAAGAGACCGUUAAAGCCUACAGAAUCGCCUGCGGUGAGCUGAUCCCUCUGCAGCAUGGAGCGGGGAGGACCCCACCACCGCCUGCACCCCCAGAACACAUUUCCUCCACCUGCCUUCGGCUCCCAACAGGAUGAUUGUCGCUUCUGCUCUUCAAGACAUCAUUAUGUAACGGUUGCUUUACAAGAGGUUCUUCCUCCUGAUCUUUAUGCCUUUUUCAUGACCUCAUGAUAAUACAGCAGCCCCGUUUCUGAGGGAAAGGCGACAGCAGCCCGCCCGCUGUGGACAGAAGGCGGGGGCCUGGCUCCCCGGGCGGGUCGUGGGUUCCAGUCCCCUUCCCAGGUGAGAGAACAGGAUGUGGACGAGGCUGCAGCGGGUUCACACCCGAGGAGUGGAUGAGGCUGGAGCGUGUUCAUACUCGGGACCGCGGCAACGAACAACCACCAGUAGGAGACCAAGGCUGACCUCCGAGGAAGGUCUUCACACAGUCUUUGGUGUUUUUAUCAGUAGAUUCCUCCGUUGAGUGCAAAAAAAAUGAAAAAACGAAACAAACAAAAAUAAAAAAUGUAACUACACUGAAGUAUCCACCAUCCUCAGGCAGGUUGAAAUGAGGUUCAUCAACGCUUUGGUCAAUUGUGGUGUUAUAUUAUGUUGAGUAAUAACGUUCUAUUCUACACUUACUGUCUUUGGUUCAGCGUGUACCUUUCCAGAUGAAUACCAUGGAUUCCUAUUUAAAAAACUACAAGGAUUUUCAGAAAGGUGGACAGGGAGUUUGGGAUGAGUCAGCAUGGGGGGCUGCGGUCCUUCAGAAGUACAUGCAGUCUUUUUAGCACCAAUAAUAAAGUGUUCAAACAAAAUGUAUUAUGUGGAGGCGUGUAAAAAAACUAAAAUCCUCAGGAACCUUUCAUUCCAUAGUGUAGGACAAAAUAUCUGGUGGUUCAGUCCAACCUUGAGCCUGAAGCCAGUUUCUACCGAGCAGGAGAAAUAGUCUUGAUCUGUCAGUUCAAAACACUGCAGAAAAGAAAGUGUAAAAAAAAAAAAGCAAAGACAUUCAUUUGGUUUGGAGAUCAUUUUGGUUUGUGUCGUCUCAUCUUCUA